CGGGAGGAGUCGGUUGUGUAGAAAGUACCUUACUGCCCGUGUUAGGGUAGCUCACAUCACCAGAGUCGGCCAUGGUGAAAUCGGUUCAAGUUGACAGAGGGGAAUGCGAUAUGAGAAUCGAGAUGGGUUAUGGGGUUCAAGUCUUCAAAGAGCAGUAGUUGGAGGGUGGGUGUGGAAGAGGAGAGGAAAAAGGAACGAUAAGAGUAGGUUGGGUGGGAAUUGUUUUGGUGUGAUGCAACUGCCGAUUGUCAUGUGCGGUCGCCAAGCCUGAGUUUCCUGCCGACCCAGCGAACUGAUGAUGUCAAUUGCCUCUGCUUGUUUUCCAAGAUGCCAGAAAGAUCUAGACUGAUCAGUAGCUCAUAGGCAGGUAAUUUUUCCUUUCUUUUUCAAGUUCAAGGGUACAAGUAUUGCUCCUUAAGGCUCCCCUGAACUACUCAAGAAGCCGAUCCCUAUCCUGGUCGUGCCUUAUCUCGUCAUAAUUUGUCCAAGCACCAAACAAUCUCCGUCAUCUUCCGCCGACAUGAGCGUAUCUGCCUAGCCAGGAUUGAUCAUAAGUACUCUGGACAGCUUGCAUUAAGCCCCGCCCAAUGAAAAUCACACGAAGUUACCUACUCAAUGACUCGAUCACGGCCAGGAUAAUGGGCAUAUCCUGCAGCGAAUGUAUGAUCACAUCUGGAAUAUUAUCAUGCGUAGAUGAACGGGGCAGGUUGAAUGCUACCAUGCUUGUGGUAAGACUCUCUGUCCCAGCUAAAUUUAUACUUGGAGCUUAGAUCCUUCUAAAUACUACCCACGCGACGAGGGUUUUAACCGUCAUAUCUACGCUGCAGCGUAGCAUCCACUCGAGGCAGGUCUAUAUAGUCAGUGGUUGGAGCUACUAAGUUACCCUAUCAUCCCCACCCAUCCUGAUAGUAUUUGAAACGUUCGUAACUUGUCUACCUCCCAGUGCAAGCUUGAAGAGCUGUUUUUCUCUUCGUCCUUUGCAGUAAACACGAAUCACCCCUUAUUCAAUGGGCCUAUUUCUGAAGCAAAAUAUUGUUCGGUAUUUCCUGCGGUGUACCCUUCGCCCUCUUUGUCAAUAAUGAUUCGGUCGAGGAAGCACGCAAGAAGACAAUCGGCGCUACUUCAGAGAGAGCACGGGCCAAAAUCAUGUCACGUGACUCUUCAACACCACGCGUUUCCCCGUUGGGAUGUCUGUUUUGAUCUCGAAACCACCUUCAUUCUCCACAAACUCGAAAUAUCCACCACCACCACCACCACCACCACCACAAUUUCCGACCCUUGACCAACGAUUCCAAUGAGUUGUCUUCAUCGCUAGAAUUAUCUCCUACUUGCGCUUCUUCUGAAUUUACAUUGCGCCAUUCAACUCUUUUUGACCCCGCUGCCCGCAGCGCGUUGUUUACAUCAUGGCCGCGGCUGGCGCAAGGGCUCACAAGCCCGUCGGCUCCGCCGCAUGGAUUGCUUCAGAGAAGGAAAACAUGGCGGAUCUGGUUGAGCAGGAACUGGAGGAAGUGGAAUAUCCAGUCCGCCAUGAAUUGGACUGGUUAAAUGAACAUAUGGCCGAGAUAUUCUCAAAGGGCCAAGCAAACUUUACAGAUGUAUUUAAGACGCCAGGAAAGAUGAGAGGCAAGACUCCGCGGACGGCGCGGAAGCGGAAUGUGGAAGAGAACCGAGUGCCAUUGAGUGAGAUCUUCUCGUCCGCCCACAAAACUGUGGAGAACAAGGCUGCUCCCAGCCCCAGUCCUUUCAUUCAUCGUAUCGUCUCGAAAACCGUUGCGACAGCAACUGCAUCCGCAUCCAUGUCCACAUCCGCGGCUUCCCCCACCACAUCUCGCUCCAAGACCCUGGAAAAGGGCUCGCAGCCACAAUAUCCGGACCUCACCCAGAAUUUGAAUUCUUUCUCCCAGUACAAUACCGACUCGGGGUACCAUGGAAUGCAGGACGAUGAUGAAAUGAUCCUGCCGGAUACGCAGCCGGGCACCCAAACGUCCACGCAACCGUUUGAGACAGACGAGCAUGCCGUAUUGAGCUCUCAGGUGGAUGUCUCGAUUGACCAGCAACCAACGGAGGAUAGUUUCCACUCUGCGCAGGAGAAUGUUCGUUUGCGUGGGGAAACUAUUGAGCCGGUGAACGCUGAUCCGACCCCAGCAAAAGAACGAACCAUGCGCCUGGCAGUGCCGCCGACUUCUAAGGCUUCAGAACCAGAGAUGGACUUGACGCCCAAGGCCCGGACGCAGUCUAAGUCUAAGAUUGCCUCACCUGCUGGAAAGCGGCGAGAAAGCCCAGUGGCUCAACAAGAAACGCAAAGGACAGAGGAUGACGAACCCUUGUCAAAUGCUGGGGUUUCCCCAGAGAUCUCGAGAGCCAAGGGGCAUGAGUAUGACAGUCCGGACGUGGAAAUGGAAGAUGCAGUCAAGGACGACACCAUUCUUGACGAAAACUUUGAUGAUAUUGGCUCUCCAUCCGAUGGUUCCACCCCAGAGCGAUUUCCGAUGCGGAAGAGCAGCCUGAACUUUGCAUCCUUGCCAGCGCGAGAGCCUCUGAAAGCCCCGCGACGCUCCCGCACAUCUCAUAUUGAUCUUCAGAAGUUAAGCAGUACUGGCCGCCCUAGUUUGUUAGGCAAGCAAUCGGGUGGGCAUGGGAUGACCCAAACCGCGGCGGAGGAUGAAAUCGCCGGCGCCGGUACAAAGGAUCUAGAUGACGCAAAGGAAUUGGAAGACACUAUGGACGUGGAUCAGGCCAGCAGGAUCCACAACCACAAGUCGACUCAGAGCCUUCAUGAAAGAAUUAGUAUGCUGGGAAAGCUUCAGCCAUCCCGACCCAAAAAGUCAAUGGCAUCGAUGGCCGGCCUGUCUACGGGUCAGGUUCCAUACCCAGAGCUUCCUGCGACCAAGUCCGAAACAAAGCCGGAACCUUCGAGUGAGAAGGGACGCGCAAUUCCUGCCCCGGAGCCAGAUGAAUUGGAUGUGGAUGAGUGGAUCAGACCUCUGAGUUCGCCCCAGCGUCUUGAUCUCACGAAGAGCAAAACCACAGACGUUAUGGAGAAGCUCUUUGAUAUUGAUCAAUCAAUCAAUGAAACGAUUGGGAUGAACAGCCGGGAGCAACAGCCUACGGAACCAGAACGUCCCAAGUCAUCAUACUCUAUUUUCUCCUCGCCACGCCCACAUGGUCACCACAAAACUGCUUCUGUGUCCAACAUUGCAUCCGAAGCUUCAACCACUCCUACUGGAUCUCCUCGACGCUUUGAUGGACCCCUCAGUGCGUCUAAGAUGAGGUUGCAAUCUAUCAUGAAGUCCGCCAAGGGCUUAUUCACAAGCACUGGUGGCUCAACAAGACUCGAGACAUCUUCUCCCGAACAGCCACGCCUUCGGCCCCAGGAACAAGCUAGUACUGUUGCGGAAACCAAGGAAGAUCAGCGCGAUUCUCAGCCUCGCAAGAUCUCGAGCCCCCCACGGCAAGAAGGCCGUCGAACACGGAGCUCCACGGAGAGGGAGGAGAAGCGUCGGCAGAAGGAACGUGAUGAUCGGGAGCGAGAGGAAGAAGAAAUUCGACAGGAGAAAGCACGCGAGAAGGAAAAGCAGCGAGCGAUGCAACUCAAGGCAAUGCAAGACAAGUCCUCUGUUGAGCCAGAGGAGAGACCGGGCAAUGCGGCCCAACGGUCAAUGCAGUCGUCGCGACAGCAAUCUCGGGAGCCAGAGUCCGCACACGACGGGUCGCGAUUUGGUCUUCCCCAGUCCAAGCAGACCGAUCGACGCCCCAAGCCACUCACCCGCGAGCCAGCUCAAAAGCCCAACCCGCGACCAGUUUCUAUUCGUGUCGGAAGCACACUCUCGCGUCCGAUGCCCAUAGCUUCCUCUUUGACUUCAAAUAGCCAGGAGCCUGCCGCACCUGCUGCCGCUCCGGUUCCUGCCUCAAAAACGGCAUCACUGAAAAAGAAGGGUAGCAACCAAUCGCUGCACACUUCUUCCUCGGCAAGCAGCUUCAAGAGUUCUGUCUCGAGUCAAACGCAGGCACAGCGAAAGAAGAAAGAGCAAGAAGAGCGUGAAGCCCGUCGAAAGGAGGAGCAGAGAAAGGAGGAACAGAAACGGGAGGCAGACAGGAAACGAGCUUUACAGAAACAGCAGGAGGAGGAGGCUCGGCGACAAGCGGAGGCUGAGCGAGAACGAGCUGCACAAGAUGAUCCUAAGAAGAGUGCCCACAUGCGUGCAAUUGAGAGGCGACGACAGGAAAAUAAUGCUCGAAAACAUGUGCGCCAGGGCAGUCAGCAGGUGGCCAGCGAGGUUCCCCCACUCCAGCACGAGAGGCCUGCAUCACAGGCCACUCAACGGAAUGACUUGGGUGCGACAAGGCCAGCAUCUCGCUUGGGUUACGGCCGAACCAUCAAUCCACCACCGCCGAACCCCGCCAAGCCACCCAAGAGAAAUAUGGAUGAGGAAGCGGGCUAUCGUGCUGCAGUCACUAAUCCUAGCAAUGCUCAGCCUUCUGGCGAAGCCAAGCGACGCAAGACUGAGGAUGAGCAUAAUCCUAUGCAGCCCGUGCGGCCUACCAUGGCACCUCCUAUCCGCCAGUCAAAUAUUCGCAAGCCUUCUAUGUUUGGUGGACAGCCUGGCUCUUCUAUCUUCAAAACUGGCCAGCCUCAGCGACCUGCUCAUCCAUCGGAGCUGGCCAAGUAUACAAACAACAAGAUACCCUUCGCGGAACCUAGUCAUGCGCCACCUCCAGCUGUACAAAAGCCUUCCGCGCCGGGGUCCGCUCAACGACCUCCACCCAUGGCUAAGCCAUCCCCGAAGUACCCAAGUGGUGAAAGCAUCCACCUUCCUGAAAUCAACACAGACAGCGAAGAUGACGAUGACUCGGAUUCCGAGAUGUUCCCAGUGCCCAAAUGGGCCCAACCCAAGGAACUGGAGGGUCUUUUGCGGCAGCAGGACGGGAUGGAAGUUGACUCUAUCUUCGGUCCAAUUGCACCGUUUUCCCUAGAGGAGACCUUCAAGGCCGACAAGAAGAUCAAGAAAUACCGUGACCGCACGAGUAGCGCCAACUGGAACGGCCCAGACGGUCUCACUCAGGAGGAGAUCCGCAAGGAUCGUGUGGAGCGGCAAAAGCUGCGGCUCAACGGUGGCUGGUCUUUCCAGCAAUAGGCGAUCAUUUAAUUUAUGGGCCGUCGAAUCAUUAUUGUGUUAUAUCAAGCACUGGCGACUGGGAAGUAAUUUUGCAAUUGGGUCGGUGUUCUUGGUGUUUUCGGUCUUGGGAUGGGUUAAUCUAUUGGCGUUAUCUUGCAUUCUUAGUCGAUCGAGAGACAUAGGAAGCAUCCAUCGGUUUGCAUAUUGUCAUCAAUUGGAUACGUUGCGUUAUUCCAUCUUUAA